GCCAAAAAGAAAAAGAGGUCGUACUCAAAUGCCAAGUGUUCAUGGUAGAAAGGAGCGUAAAAUAAUCAUUCUAAAUGAGUAUAAUCAACCCGUUGGUCCUACUAAAGAAGUUGUUAAAGAGUUGGGUAGCUUCCUCGGCACAUUGGCAAGGAGUGGGACUUUUUGUCCUCUUAAUGUAUUUAAUUGGAGGAAACUACACACGAAAGAUGAUAUGUGGAAAUAUAUCAAGGAAAAAUAUGACAUUCCUGACGAGGCGAAACAAUGGGUUUUUGAAUCAGUUUGUAGUACUUGGAGAAAGUAUAAGAGUCAAUUGAAGACAAACCACUUCACAGCCUAUGCGCAUGAUGAGCUUCGAAUGGAAAAUAGGACAGUAGAUGUUUCGAAAUCUCACUUUAAGGAUUUUCUUAAAUAUUGGAACUCCGAUCCUCACAAGGCUGAAAUGGAGAGAAUACAAUCAACUCGGGAAAGUGAAGAUGGCAGUCAUUCAGUUGACGCUUAUGCAUCAGUCAUGGGACCUGAACAUCCAGGUCGCGUGAGAUUGUAUGGACGAGGGGUUACCAAGACUGUGUUAAAAGGGCAAAAAGGGAAUCUUGGAUCUUCUUUAGAUGCUACUGAUGAGAGGAUGCAACAGAAAAUGGAGGAAAUGGAAGAGAUGUUGCAACAAAGAAUGCAUGAAAAGUUGAACGAACAAAAGGAUGCUAUGGAACAAAAUAUUACAAUGAACGUCAUCGCACGACUUCAGCGUCUGAACCCAGAUUUGUGACUUGAUCCUGACAUGUUAAGGUUCAGUGCACGUUCACCUGUAGAAGCUUUCUCUGCACAACAAGCUGCUGUUCAACUAAACAAUCGACCAUCUGCUGGUAGUAACAAUCAAGGUCAAUACGUACCAAUUUAAUGUUUACAGCCCUUGUCCAUGAAUUACUCAUAAACAGAAGCUAUGAACUAUAGACUCGCUCUGUGUGUGUGUGAAGACGUUUUAGCUGAAAGGCAUGUGUAAAACUUGAUUUAAGAAAUUGGUGUGAGUGUGGGGUGGGGGCGCAAACUUUUUAGCUGAAAGGCUAGUGUGUGUAUGUGUGUAGAAUUUUUAGCUGAAAGGCCUGAGUAAGUCUUGAUUUAUGAAACUAGUGUGUGUGUUUAUUUUUUCCUGA